AGUUCGUAUGUUUGGAGGAUUCUAUUAAGUUAACCAUGCGUCUCUUACCGAUCUUAAUUCAAGUUGUAACUAUUCUCUACGUCUCUGAAGCGAAAAUUUUCAAACGUUGCGAAUUUGUUCAUCAGUUAGAAAAACAUGGAGUUCCUGAUUGGCAAAUACCGACUUUAACAUGUCUGGCAAAAUGGGAAUCCAGCUUCGACUCAGGAAAGCUUGAUUAUAAAUAUGGAAAACAUGGAAUAUUUCAAAUUAAUGAAAAAGUUUGGUGUUCACCCUACGAUUAUCCCGGUAGAGAAUGUGAAACAACUUGUAGUAAUUUUAGGGACAAACACUUGGCCGAUGACAUCGCAUGUGCCUUAAAAAUUUACAAGGAUACUCGGGAACUAUCAGGAAUAGGAUAUGACGCGUGGGAUUCAUAUUGGGAACACUGUGCUUCUAACAACAAUUUGGCUUAUUUGAGGAAUUGUGACUAAAUUGUAAUUAUAAUUAUUUUACUACUAUUUCACCACUAGUAUUUGUUUCUGAUGAAUAAGUCCAGCAGCUUUAGUCCUGUUUUUCAUGGACUCUAUUAUUAAUGUUUUGAUUUGCAUUAGUUCUUCAAAUGUGCCUUUCAUUUCUCUUCAAUAGCCACUUCCAGUUCCUGGGUAAUUUCUGGAAGCUAACCUAACCUUUACACUUCAGUCAGUACCGCUUGAUACCUCCUCAAUAGCAGUAAUUUCCCCUUCGGCAAACUAAUACCUAUGUGGUCAAAAGGUCUCAUGCAUUAUUGCAAAACGCCCAUCUAGUCCCUCCUGGACGUAUCUUUGUGCAGUCUUAUUCCCUCAGAUUUUCAUUCUUAAAAAAUUUUGCCUCAAACAGUGCAAAAACAUUCUUCAUUAGUCACAUAAUUUUUCAAAUAAUUUUCUCUGCCUUCAAAAUUCUUUUCUACGUCUACCUUUUGAUUUUAUUUUCAUCUGAAAGCCAUCGAAAGUAUCGAGAGAUUUGACUAUAAUCUACGUUAUCAAUAAGUAGUCCACUCACAGUCACAUCAAGUAGAUUGUCGAUAUUGGACAUGAAAAUUAGUUGAGCGUUAGUGUCAGUUAUAAUAAAAAUAUUUUCAAUU